CAUUGUUGUACGCCCCAUUCAAUGUCAUGAACUUCAUUGGGUCGUAAAACGCAAAACAUACAAAACAUUGUUUUCAGCUUUUGUUGACGUUUCGGUAUCGGCUUCGGUUUCGGUUUCGCUUUCGUUCUUUUUUUGUUGUUGUUUUUUUGGCAGCCAGCUCCUUAAUUGAAAUGCCAAAACGUGUGCACAUGACACCCACGCACCCAGUGCACCGGCCGCCAGAAGAAAAAGCUCAAAGCUUGAGGCAACAGGUGCUCCACAGACUUCCGUUUGUUAUCACAACGAGAGAGACAGACAGAGACAGGCAGAGGGAGAGCGAGCGAGGCAAAGCUCUCCAGCUAAUCCGCAUAGAACAGCGGCAGAAAAACAAUCAAGUCGGUGGAACAGAGACGACGCCUAGACACCACCUAUAUAUAAAUUAAUUGGCGCACAGAAUUUCAGUGACAGUUCCGUUGAAUAGUUUCGUUCCGCAACAGCAGCCGCUUUAACGGGGUUUUCGGUUUUCGGUCCUUAGAACAGAACUCUAGUUUUCAUAUCAAGAAAAUGUUUCCACUCUUAUCCAUAUGCGUUUUGGUGUUGACUCUGGGCUGUGGACAGGCGCAAAUUGCUUUCACCAGCCAGCCCUGUACAGUGCGAAAUCCAAAGAUUGUUGGCGGCAGUGAGGCGGAACGCAACGAAAUGCCGUUUAUGGUCAGUCUGAUGCGUCGGGGUGGUCACUUUUGUGGCGGAACAAUCAUAUCCGAGCGGUGGAUCCUCACGGCCGGGCACUGCAUCUGCAAUGGAUUGCAAAAGUUCAUGAAGCCGGCACAAAUUCAGGGAGUUGUGGGUCUGCACAGCAUCAGGGAGUAUCUUAAUGGCAUCGGCAAUGGCCCGGAUGCACUGAGGGUGGACUUCAAAAACAUUGUGCCGCACCCGCAAUACGAUUGCAACAAUGUUCAGCAUGAUAUUGCCCUGCUAGAACUUGUGCGACCCAUCAGCUUUACCGCUCACGUGCAACCGAGCUGUGUGGGCACGGACAAGGGGCAGCGCAGCUUGGAGGAGGAGUACGGCACCGUCUCCGGCUGGGGUUGGACCCAUGAAGACCAGGCGGAGGGCGAUCGGGCGGAUGUCCUGCGCAAGGCAACUGUCAAAAUAUGGAAUAACGAGGCUUGUGAGCGCUCCUAUCGCGCCCUCGGCAAGAGCAACACCAUUGGGGAAACACAGCUGUGCGCCGGCUACGAGAACGGUCAAAUUGAUUCGUGUUGGGCUGAUUCCGGCGGCCCUUUGAUGUCCAAGGAGCACCACUUGGUCGGUGUGGUAUCAACGGGCAUCGGCUGUGCACGUCCUGGCCUCCCAGGCAUCUACACGCGCGUCAGCAAAUAUGUGCCAUGGAUGCAGAAUGUGAUAGCAGGCAGGAAUUAACACCUGGCGCGAAGAGUAAUACAAUGCUGUGAUUCAAGUGUGAUAUUAGUUUUACAAUGUGAUAUGAUUUUGUUAAUAAAUUAAACCAUUACAAAAAUUAUUAUUAUUCCCACAUAAUGCUACAGUAUAGUGGAGGCCUUAAGCUCGUCCGGGCUAUUACGUAUUACAGUCGAAUUUCUCUAUUACGAACUCCCAU